UUAUGGUUCCAAAUCUUUUAUGUCUUUGCAUCAGAAGGUUGGCAUUAGGUCAAGAAUUUGUUAACCAACAAGAGACGUUGCAAAUUGCAUUACCUCCAAAACUAUUUGAGAUUAUUAAAAGAUUAAAGGAAGAUGUUUUGAAAAUUGGUCAUCUUCUGCCAAUAGAUACACUGCCUGAAUGUUGCUUUUUGUUGAAUCCCGACACGCUUCAGUUUGAUGUUGAGAAAACUGCGAUAGCUUCAGAGCCAUAUCUUUCAAGAGUCAGCCUUUUCGAUAUCUGUGCAAAGUUGGCGCUAGAUCUGCAAACUGAACGUUUAUAUGAGAAAAUGAAUGAUUCUGAACGUGAUCGAAUUGAAGAUAUGGCACAUCGUGAACCUGUUGUUUGGAGCAGGGCUUUGGAAUUAUCUCCCCGAAGAGUUAUACUUCAUUAUGAUGACAUUGCUUAUAGCUGUGCCGAAAGUGGAUAUGUGAAAGCAUUUGAAAGAAAUCUCAUGAAAGUUCGUGAAUUGGAUGAUUCGAACCUGCUUCAACGCUGCGCACUCGCAGCGAUUCUCAAUGGUCAUGUAAAUGUUGCAAAUUCAAUUAGAACUGAUAAUUUUUCGGUAGCUUUUCAUCAAUUCUUUCCCGAUGGAAGACCUCCAACUGAAUUCCUAGUCCAAUUGGUCGUUGGAAAUGAGGUUGGUUGGGAUUUAAAUCCUUGUCAAUUUAUUAUUCAGCUACGACCAGAAGUUGGCGAGCAAAUCUUUGAAGAACUCCUUGAUUGGCUUACAAAAUUGGAUGUUCAGAGGCUCAGACGUGAAAUCGAAAAGGAUAAGAAAAUUCCUUUGGGAGUGCUCCAAAGACUUGAUUCCAAAUACAGAGAGUGUAUCGAUUCGCGCGAUUAUCCUUGUGAUUAUGACUGAUAGAAGUUUGUUCUCGCUUAUUUGAAUUUUGAAUUUUACAUAAUAUGUAUUUUUAAAUG